AUGAUGCUCUCUAAAGUCCUUCUUUCGGCGGUCUUUGCAAUGACUGCUUUUGCACUUCCUCAUCACUACCCCAGAGGUAGUCCUACCAGCAUUAUUCCGACCACCACUUCCGUCGCCACCAGCUCUAGUGCCAGUGCCAGUGCCAGUGCCAGCACCAGUGGAAGUGGCAGCGUCCAGAUCGUGAAUAACCUCGGCAGCACUGUAUACCUCUGGUCCACCUCCGACACCUCCAGUGAAGCGCAGACAAUUUCCUCAGGGGCCACAUAUUCCGAGGCCUGGAAGACCGAGUCUACCGGCGGGAUUUCCAUCAAGAUGGCAACCACCGACAGUGAGACCAGUGUCCUGCAGUUCGAGUACACCGCGGAUGGUGACACUGUGUAUUGGGAUCUCUCCUCUAUCAACCUGGACUCCGGCUCGGAGUUCAUCACCGCUGGCUUCUCGGCCACCCCGAAUGAUUCGAGCUGCUCAUCUGCAUCCUGCUCAGCGGGAGACACCAACUGCGCCGAAUCGUAUCAGCAGCCCGAUGAUACCGACACCAACAGUUGCUCUGCUAGUGCAGGCAUCACGGUCACCUUGGGUUAA